GCUUCGAGGAAGCAUUCAAAAUGGCGGAAUAAUCGAAGUAUGUUUAUUUGUUUUGAUGUGUUGUGUUUAAUGUGUUCUAGCGUUUUGAUGGUUUAGUGACUGUCUUGAUUUAGUGGCAUGUCAAGGUAUAGCGCUCAUCGAUCGGAUGACGACGGCAGCAGCUUGCUGAGUAGCGCUGGCGAGGAGAGCUUGGCUGAUAGUGGAGAGGGACGUAGAGAAAAUGCCAGACAUAAACCCAGAGUAAUGAUAGGAGGUGAAGGUGAGAAGCAUUCAGUGCCAGCAGUCAUCACCAUCCCAUCAGUGACAGAUCCAGGAGUGGCAGAGGGGCGGCCCCCAAGGAAGGGGCCUAGACGUGGCUCUUCCUCAGAAGAAUUUGAGUCUGCAAAUGAGCCAGAAGAUGAAAAUCUAGGAGCUCCGGGGCUGACCCCUCCUGAGGUUCUGUUAAAGCGUAUGCGCAAGAGAGCUAGGGAGCUAGCGGCACAGGGUGCUGGUGAAGAGAGUGUGUUUGACAGGAUAAGAUGUGUUGCACUCACAAGAAUUGUAUAUGGUGACUACCAUUGGCAGCUUGCAAAAGCCUACUCCAAGCUGGCCUAUGCAUACUUUCAUCUUAGGGGGCUGGCUCCACAAGCUUUGAAGCAUGCUGAAAAUGCAAGGGACACUCUUCUUGCUGCGGACAACAUGCGUCAACAGUACCGCCAGCACUACACAAGGGAAGACAUUGUGCCUGUAUUGCAGCUGACCUAUCUUACAAUGGGGCAAGCACAUGCAGCCCUUAAUCAUUUUCAGAAAGCAGAACAAAACCUGAAGAAAGCUGAACUAGUGUCACAAGAGAGAGAAGAUAUGCAGCAAGGUCACAGAAAUCCUGACAGAUAUAUCAAGGUGCUGAUGGCCCUAGGGAAAGUCGCCAUGAAGCUAAACAAAGUUGGAUACGCUAUGGAUUGCUUAGAAAAGGGUUUGGAGGCUGCUCAAAAAGAGUAUGGAGGAAAGGGAGUUCAGCUGAUUCCUAUUUACCAAAGCCUUGGACAUGCAGAACAAAAACAAGGAUCUGGACUGAGCAGCAAGAAAAGAUCAGUGGACAUGUACCUGCAUGCACAUGGAAUAGCUCAAGACAAUUAUAAGGAAGACUCUGUGCAAGUCGCCGACUCAGCGUUCAUGGUAUCAUUAGCAUAUCUUUCAACUGGCGAGGUUGAGGAUGAGGAGAAGGCUAGCGAGUUUUUACACACCACCAUAGACAUCUACAUGGAGCACAGUGGGCCAUAUCACAAGCAAACUGUCAAAGCUCAGGAUGAGCUUUGCUGCCUACUCAUUCGUCAAGGUCGUCUGGACGAAGCAUUGUCCUUACUCAAGAAACUCAUAACUGCCAAGUCUGAGAUUCACGGUGACCCAAGCAAUGAGCUUGCGACUGCACACCAGCUGAUGGGAUCCAUAAGGCUGAAGCAGGCCAAGACAGAGGUGGCUCUGAAACACUUUAUGAAGGCUUAUACCAUGCUACAAUUUGUGCUCGGAAACAACCACAGGAAGACCAAAGACUUACGGGAGACUGUUGAACUUAUUAAAAGGGCUCCAGGUGCCAGCAAAGUGCAGACCUCAGAUGACAAGAUGAGGGAGAGACCGAGAUUCACUCAAGUCGUCGGUAGAUCAAAACCAGUAGGGAGUAACACGACAUCUGCUUGGUCAUAAUCAAGGUGUUUUACGAGCCCUUGUUUGAAUUUGUAAAUACUGUACGGAGUUCCUUGUUUGAAAAUGACUUCCUUGUACAUUUACAGUCUGCAUAUUGAUAAGGACAGGGAGGAGAGGGGACUCGCUCUUUGCUAUUCAUAUCCAAUACAUUGCAACACAGCCUUUUCGAAAUAUAUCACUGUACAACAAACAAUAUGAUAAUUGUAUAAUGGUGCUUCUGUUUUUAAUAGAUUAAAAAGGUAAAUUUGCAGCUCCUAA